AUGGCUCCUCAAAGUGGCAAGACAGUUUCAAGCAGCGGUAAUGACGCAGGGUUGAGACAGGUUAUAGUGGUCCACACCGUGUUUACGUACAAAGAAUGUUGUGCUGCUGGGGGAGCGAUGGAAGAGGGCGAAGUUUAUGAAACCGAUCAUUAUUCAGCCACGGUUGCUUAUGCCAACGAGGCGGCCGCGGACGCUUCGGGGAACGUGUACUCUCCUGCACUCGAAUGGCCUCAUGAAACGGAGUCUGAGCUAACGCCACCCGCAUCGCUCACUGCACACUCCGACGACGCCGCGCCAACUCUAGGUUCGCACUCACACUCGUCUCCAUCACUUCGAUUACUUGUCCAACGCAGCUCGGUCCUCCCCAAGAAGCAUUCUAUCGCAGUCAUCGACGGAUACGAAGAGGUACAGCUUGGUCGCGACGCUGCGCAUUCCAGCAGUGACGUUCCACGAAUUCGUCUGAAGGAGAUGGAGGUAUCGAAGAUCCACGCGACAAUUUACUGGGAUCAGGACAGACGUGAGUGGGCAGUCGUCGACAUGGGCUCAAAGCAUGGGACUUUCUUCCAAGCCGGUCUCAGCUCUGGGGCAUUUGGCGACAGUGUUGUUGUGCUGCCCUCACCUCAAGCAGCAGCUCCACUUGCCGACGACCCUCGAGGUUGGCGCUUGUCAUCUCCCCGAAUGGCAAGCAUACCACGCCGCCUCAACCAUCUGGACCGUCUGAGUCUAGGAAGUACAACCUUCAUUGUACACAUACACGACGACCAGAUUCCGUGUGUGGAGUGUUCACCCACGGGAGACGAUGAGAUCCCUCUGUGUGACGCCCGCAGUAGUCAGCGCGAAGCAAGCAGGAAGCGAAAGCGAGACUUGACUUUGUCUAGUGAGACUGCGCCCACAAAGCAGGAUCCAAAAAGGGCGCUUGCGACCCUCAAGCGCAGCUUGCUUACCCGACAUGCUCCAUAUCAAGUGGUACAAACGUCAACUCAUAACGCCGCCGACGUCUUCGAGCCCGUCUUCGACGCGCGUGACCGGAUACCCCGCGGUAAUGCCAACGGCAUCUCCCUCUCCGACACUUUCCUCCACAUCUACUCCGCUGCCUGA